AAGCGAAGAUGUUUUCUGAAGAAGCUAAUUUCAGUAACACUUCAAACGGCACGGAUGAGGACUUGCUAUCGGCGCUAGAUGAUGACUGGAGCGACACUCCGGCUGAGAAACUGUCACGGACGGGACACAAUGUUGUCGCCGUUAUUUUGGGAUCUAUUCUGGUAUUCGGGAUCCUGAACAAUUUCAUCGUGCUGGUUCUGUUUUGUAAAUUCAAGACCCUGCGGACUCCUGUAAACAUGCUUCUGCUUAACAUCAGUGUGAGUGACAUGCUCGUCUGUCUGUUCGGAACCACGCUCAGCUUCGCGGCCAGUAUCCGCGGCAGGUGGCUAGUGGGGAAACACGGGUGCAUGUGGUACGGCUUCGUCAACUCAUGCUUUGGGAUCGUAUCAUUGAUCUCUCUGGCAAUCCUUUCGUAUGAUCGUUACAGCACUUUAACGGUUUACAACAAGAGGGCCCCAGACUACAGCAAACCCUUGUUAGCUGUCGGGGGCUCCUGGCUGUACUCAUUGUUCUGGACAGUUCCCCCCUUGCUGGGCUGGAGUAGCUAUGGACUGGAAGGGGCAGGAACCAGCUGUUCGGUUACAUGGACAGCCAACUCCUUGCAGUCGCAUGCCUAUAUCAUCUGUCUGUUCAUUUUCUGUUUGGGAAUCCCCGUGCUGGUCAUGGUGUACUGUUACAGCCGGCUUCUCUGUGCUGUCAAACAGUUAGGGCAUAUUAGAAAGACAGCAGCACGGCGGAGAGAGUACCAUAUUUUAUUUAUGGUCAUCACUACAGUGGUGUGCUACCUUUUGUGCUGGAUGCCUUAUGGGGUUGUUGCAAUGAUGGCCACGUUUGGACGUCCAGGAAUCAUCACUCCCAUUGUGAGCGUGGUGCCGUCCCUCCUUGCCAAAAGCAGCACAGUCAUCAACCCUGUGAUUUACAUCCUCAUGAACAAACAGUUUUACAGGUGUUUCCUCAUCCUGUUUCAUUGCAAACACAGCUCACUAGAGAAUGGACAGACAUCAAUGCCUUCAAGAACUACUGGCAUCCAGCUCAACCGAAGAGCUUAUAGCAACCCAGUGGCUAGCAAUGCACCUCCAUCCAUUGGUCUCCAAAAGGAGUGCAGCACCCCUGUCUCGGGCUGAACCAAUCCAUACAAAAUCACAUCUUGAUGUUCCAGCCCCAUUCUAAACCUACCUGUCACAAAUGAUGCCAAGACAGAAAUCAUCUGUGUAGUGUUGUCGAGUGCCUACAAAUCAAAAGCUGAAACAAAAAAAAAAUCAUAACUGUAGCAAAGUGAUCUCUAUAGACGUCGUUGUGAUGACAAACUGUUGUUUAACUCACGUCAUUUUAAGUAAGUAUUUGUGACUUGUCAAUAUAAAUGUUACAAAGAGUGAGAAAAGUGCAAACAGCCACUGGUGACUUGUUAAAAUGGAUGUUUAGAUCAUGUGCUGGUGCAGUACUUCUGAAUGUGCUUACCCCCAUGUUGUCUGUAUGUUCCCAACCCAUUUAAGGCCAGGUCUGAAUAAGAGGUUGAAUAAAUCUAUUAAUUUAAAGGAAGC